UCACGAAUUCAAAUCAAACCAACACAACAGACUCGCCCCCCUCCCACCCCAAGCACCCCCAAACCAGUGCAGCGCCUCGCCGCCAGCAAUGGCGUCGUCGGCGCCAGAUGUGCCGGAGUCGUCGCGUGCCGGCGGCCAGGAAGCGGAGCAGGAGCCCGAGUCGGAGCAGCAGCGCAAGUGGGUGGCGCUCGUCUCGGUCGCCGUCCUACUCGGCAACGACGACGAGCGGGCCAAGGAGAUCGCCGUCGGGACUGAGGUGAUGGUCGACCUCAACGACCCGCCGCUGCCCUCCUACCUACAAGUGCUCCACCCCGGCGUCGCCCCCGACCCCAGGCGCAACGACGAGCCGCUGUACGGCUACAUCCUCGCCGCCGCCGACCGCUCCGCCUGCAUCCUCCUCCAGGUCGUCAGAGGCAACCGACCGCAGUUCCUCCUAUGCGACACCCACAGGCGUACCGUCACCUUGCUCCCCCCGGUUUCCUCCGGACUCGACAUCCGCCGCAACAUCAGCAUCGGCCUCAUCACCGACCCGCACCACCACGGCCACUACGUGGUCGCCCAGCUCCAACCCAUCACCUCUAAAGACCACCCCAGCAAGAUGAUUAUUGUUCUCGUCUGCUACUCCACCGCCGAAAGCCGGUGGUUCACCAAGCAGAUCACCCCGGCGCGGCGUCAUGAUGUCCGCAUGCGCAACCCCUUCUCCGAGACCGGCGUGCUCGCCCACGACGGCCGCCUCUGGUGGCUCGCCCUCGCCUAUGGCGUGUUCUUCUGCGACCCCUGCACGCCCCUCGUCGGGAGCCCCGAGCUGCGCUUCGUGCCUCUCCCGGCCGCCUGCGAGACGAUGGAGCGCCACGACGUCGUCUUCGACCCCCGCAUCAGGACCCGCAUCGACCAGCGCCGCUGCGUCAGGCCCAGUGAGGGCAAGCUUCGCUUCGUCGAGAUCCGCGGCCUCUCCUACGACAAGCACCCCGACGCACCCGCGGCUAGCGACCUCACCGUCUGGAUGUGGACGCUCGACGACCCGGAGGGCCCCGACGCAUGGACGUUCGAGUACGAGGUGGCCUUCGCCGAAAUCUGGGUGAACAAGACCUACACCGACGCGGGCCUGCUGCCGGACGAGGUGCCCCACGUCGCCCUCGUCGACCCCAACAACCACUACGUCGUCUACUUCUUCCAGGGCUCGAAGCUCUUCGGCUUCGACAUGCGCGAGAAGAAUGUCGUCGCCUGCAAGGAGUGCCUGAUAGACCGUGAUCAACUCAGGUUCCAAUCCUCCCGCCCCAUCGUCGAUGCCUGGGAGCUGCCGCCACCGCCACCCAUGCUUCCGGGCGACCAUGACUCUGCAGCAGCUGAUGGUAUGCGCGCGUACAUCAUCCCCAUUAGUUGCUCAGUUUUGAUGCAUCCACUUGCCUUGCCUGCGUUUACUGAAUCGAUCGAAUAUAUGGAGCAUGCAUAGCUGCUGGAAUUCUCGACUUUAUGCUCUCUGUGUGUCUCCAUGCUCGGCAGAUCAUACUCAUACCUAGGCUGGCUAGGACGUUGCCAACAUUAAUUCAUAUUGGCCUAUGUGCAUGCUAGUUACAGUAGUAUCUGAACUGGUUUAUUUCCCAGUUUUAGUUGGCAUGCUUACUGUCUUUGUUCAGAUUGAAAGAGAUCCUCGUGCAUGCUUCUCCGAUUCAUGCCUUUCUCUUAUCAUUGAGAAAUGUGUUAUGUACUACUCUGUUAUGCACGCAAGGAUUACAGCUGCACAGCGUGUAUAGAUGAUAGAAUAGUCACUGAAUUAGUCUGAAUUAGUCUGAAUCAUGACUAUAACUUUCGACAGUAUUUUGUUUUGGAACACUGAUUGUUGAUUGCUUGCUUGACCAUUAAUUGCUGCUCUUUUAGCA